ACGGUGGAGCUGACUGCUGGACUGGACUCUGAACUACCCACAAGGCAGUAGUUUCCUAGUUUAUCCUCCAGCCUGCGUGUGAAGGAGAGAGUAAGCUGGUCACAUUGUCCCAAAAAAGCUCUAUAUAUGGGAUGAGAGGGAGGAAGUUGGAUUCCUCAAUAGGGCAUCCACCCAGUGGCUCAAGAAACCUGCUCUGAAGGCUGGCCGGGUUGAAACUGUUCAGAGAGGUCUUCACUUCAGAUCAGAAAUUCCUCCAGAAGACUACCUCACCUGACCUGACUGAGACCAGCAACAAUACAGCCAUGUCUUUGCGGAUCCAUGUGCUGGCCUGCUGCUUCGGCCUGGGCUCCUGGGUGGCUGUUAAUGGCCUGUGGGUGGAGCUCCCCCUCAUCGUUAACACUCUCCCCGAGGGCUGGGAACUACCAUCUUACCUGACCGUUAUCAUCCAGCUCGCCAACCUGGGGCCUCUGCUGGUCACUCUCAUGCACAAGCUGUGUCCGGGCCGUCUGAAGGAGAGAGCUGCCAUCUACAGUGUGUUGUCCAUAGGUGUCCUGGCCUGUAUACUUCUGGCGUUCUACUGGGAUGAGACCACAGUGGUGGCGGCGGCAUCUCGGAGCACAGCCUUCUUUAUCCUCACCUUUUUCCUGGCCUUGGUGGACUGCACCUCCUCUGUCACCUUCCUGCCCUUCAUGAUGCAGCUACCAGCCCACUACAUCCCCACCUACUUCAUUGGAGAAGGCCUGAGUGGCUUUAUCCCUGGUCUGGUGGCUCUCGGCCAGGGCGUCGGCAUGGCCAAGUGUGUGAAUGCCACUCAGUCCUCUGGUAACCUCACUGAAGAGGAUAUGUACAUUGUCCAGACCCAGUUUCUACCGCCCAACUUCUCCACCGAGGUGUUUUUCUUCUUCCUGGCGUCCAUGAUGUGCAUCAGCCUGGCAGCAUUCUCUGCACUAAACAGGCUCCCACGUACCUUUGAACUGUCCACGGAGAACUUGGUUCCAGACACUGACACAGUGGCGUCAGUCUGCUCCGGACUAGACAACCAUGGAGCAGUGACUGAAGGGGAGAACUCAAACCCAAAAUGCCACAGUGAGGAAUCAGGUCAGGCCAGGCCACAGCUGGCUAAAUCAGGCCACUCUAUUUUUCAGUUAACUUUUAUCUAUUUCAUGGUGGUCUGGGUGAAUGGGGCGACUAACGGCCUCUUGACCUCGGUGCAGACAUACUCCUGUAUGCCCUACGGUAACCUGGCAUAUCACCUGUCGGCUGCUCUGGCAUCCUGUGCCAAUCCAGUGGCCUGUAUAGUCGCCAUGUUUUUUCCUAAAAGGUCACUAGUGCUCCUGGGUGUACUGUGUCUCAUUGGAUCAGUCUUUGGAGGAUACAACAUGGCAAUGGCCACCAUGAGUCCAUGUCCACUACUACAAGGCUCCGCACUAGGAGAAGCCAUCAUAGUGCUGUCGUGGGUCUUCUUCACAGGGAUACUGUCUUAUGUCAAGGUGAUGGUGGGUGUCAUCUUCAGAGAUGAGAGCCACAGCGCCCUGGUGUGGUGUGGAGCAGCGGCACAGACAGGCUCUCUGCUAGGCUCUGCCAUCAUGUUCCCACUGGUAAAUGUCUACAACCUGUUUCAGUCAGGAGACUUCUGUAACACCAAGUGCCCUUUAUGAUGGUGACCUAUUCCUAAAACACUAACAUAACCACGGGUAAGUAGCUUUGUCCAAGCCAGAAUGGCCCAUCUCAUAGAACACUCCCAGGAAAGGACACUAGUACCGGCAAGUACUUAUACUAACUGGGGUGGUGUGUGAAUAAUGUGGGGAAUGAACAAUGACUGGACAAGAUUAGAGAUUGGACUCUGAACCUGCCUUCAAGGGCACUCUCUUCUGAGAGAGAAAUCCACCUGGAUCAAUGGACUAAAAUAUAACAUUUCAAAAUGUUGCUCAAUUAAUAUUUGAAAAUGUUUUAUAAAGUGUGAUUCACAACCCACGCUCAAGGUUAGCAAUGAUUGUUUAAAAUGCCUGCCCUAGUAAGUGGGUCAAGCACCUUUGAAAUACCUCCUGUGAAUAGCCUCAAUCUUUUCAUCUUUAUUGUGUUGUAGACUUUUUUGUUGUUGUUGGACAAAAUCUUUAUUCAUUUUAAAAUGUUGUUGUUGGGGUAGGCUACAUGCACAAAUUCACAUCAUUUAAUAGUUAAGCUUAGACACACCUACUCAUUCAUUGGUUUUUCUUUAUUUUUACUAUUUUCUACAUUGUAGAAUAAUAGUGAAGAUAUCAAAACUAUGAAAUAAGAAAUCCCGUAGUAACCAAAAAAUGGUUAAAUAAAAGUCAGAUUCUUCAAAGUAGCCACCCUUUGCCUUGAUGACAGCUUUGCAGACUCUUGGCGUUCUCUCAACCAGCUUCAUGAGGCAGUCACCUGGAAUGCAUUUCAAUUAGCAGGCAUGCCUUGACCUUUUAAGGAUUGGACCCUUUUUUUCAAUUUUCUCCUAAAGUGACAUACCCAAAUCAAACUACCGGUAGCUCAGGACCUGAAGCAAGGAUAUGCAAAUUUUUGAUACAAUUUGAAAGGAAAUACUUAACGUUUGUGGAAAUGUGAAAUUAAUGUAGGAGAAUAUAACACAUUAGAUUUAGUAAAAGAUCAUACAAAAAAUAUAUAUUUUAUUUUUUUGUAACAUCAACUUUGAAAUGCAAGAGAAAGGCCAUAAGGCCAUAAAUUCCAGCCCAGGGGCAACUUAGAUAAUUUCGCCACGAGAUGGCAGCAGUGUAUGUGCAGUUAGCUUGCAGGUGACCGGUCCACCACAAGGAGUCACUAGAGUCGUCUGUCCUCGGUUGCAACACUCACUACCUCUGGAAGCAAAGUCAGCACAAGAAGUGUUCAUCGGGAGCUUCAUGAAAUGGGUAUCCAUGGCCGAGCAGCCGCACACAAGCCUAAGAUCAACAUGUGCAAUGGCAAGCGUCAGCUGGAGUUGUGCAAAGCUUGCUGCCAUAGGACUCUGGACCAGUGGGAACACGUUCUCUGGAUUGAUGAAUCGCGCUUCACCAUCUGGCAGUCUGACUGACAAAUCUGGGUUUGCCGGAUGCCAGGAGAACGCUACCUGCCCCAAUGCAUAGUGUCAACUGUAAAGUUUGGUGGAGGAGGAAUAAUGGUCUGGGGCU